CUUCUCUCUGUCCACCCCUCUCACCGAAUACUAUAUCGCUUUCACAUAAGUCUGUUCGCCCGCUAACGCUUCUCAACCAGAGUUCACCCGUACCCACCACCCUUCCUUUCCCCGUGCCCCCCCGCAUGCGUAUCCUCCGCCGCUGCAACAUCUUCCUCACAGACUCUGCCUCCAACUUCCGCAUACCCCAGCUGCAACAACACUACGACCUCGUCGCCGCACGUCCAACCGACGACCGCACCCUCCAGCAAGCAUGUAUGAGCCUCGACGUAGACAUCAUCUCCCUAGACCUGACCCGCCGCUUCGAAUCAUACUUCAAGUUCCCCACGCUGGGCAUGGCUAUAUCCCGGGGCAUUAAGAUUGAAAUCUGCUACAGCCAAGGCAUCAUGUCCAACGAUCCCGGCGCAAAGCGAAAUCUGAUUAGCAAUGCCACACAGCUCAUACGUGUGACCCGUGGUCGGGGCUUGAUAUUUAGUUCGGAAGCGAAGAGCGUGCUAGGCAUACGUGCACCGAGCGAUGUUAUCAACCUGGCUUCUGUGUGGGGACUUGGUACCGAGAGGGGCAAAGACGGUCUUACCAAGGAAGCGAGAAGCGUGGUUGAGUUUGCGCGACUGAAGCGCCAGAGCUUCAAGGGCAUAGUAGACAUUGUCUAUGGUGGAGAGAAGCCGGCGGAAACACUCGCGCAUGGUGCCAAGGACAAGCAAGGUCAGAAGGAGAAAGUGAACAAAAACCAAAAUGGCAAGCGGCCGGGUGGGAGUCUCGAAGGUACUCCACUCCACGAGACCAAGGUAGACAAGCCCGUCUCGAAGCGCCAGCAGGCCAAGAACAAGAAGGCGAAGAUACAAGUGGGCGGAGAAGAAAAACAGCCGUAACGAAGGUGUGACAUGUACGCUCACCGCAGACACCAGAUGAUACCCCAUAGACAAAAGCAGCAGUAAUGCGCGACAAGGAUCGCAUGCAC